AUGUUCGAACAACGGUUGCAUGAAAUCGGUGUUGGGGCUGAAUUUUUAAAAGAAAAGAGAGAGAGAUCACGAUUCGAUCACUGUUUUAUCGGAAUGAUUAAAAACAGAGUAAUAACAACUUCAACAUUGAUCAAUGUUGUUGGAUUGUUAACAACUCUUUUAAUUUUAUUAUCCUCUCCUAGUGCAUCGUUGGCACAAUCAUGUGGAGGUGAGAUCACUCCAUUAGAGUAUACUUUGAGAGUACCUGAUUCAUGCUCACCGGGUAGAAUCAGCCCCUACUAUCUCCAAAUUGACACUGCUCAUUUGUACUCGGUGCUCUAUACAUCACCUGCACUCUACUUGAAGUGGGCGACCGAUAGCAGAGUCACCAUCGAUUUGCCACUCGACCAUGCAUUGAACCUUACCAUUUAUUAUGGCAAUCAAACUUGUAAAGAGUCGAUUGACUUUCAACACACAUCCUACUUUAAGGUCGAUACUCCUCAAUGCCAACAUUCACUCGUCACCGUCGUCAACAACUUCCCUACAUGUAUGACACCCACUCUCAACAACAUCCCUUUUGACUCGAUUGGCAAAACACAACAAAUCUCGGUCAACACUGGUGACUAUGCUCUCAACUGUAGAAUCGAUGGUCAGUCUUGUAGCAUGGCUCUCAAUAUUCAAUCACCAAUCCAAAAGGAUCCAAAGCUUAGAGUAGUCCCAACGAGAUGCAAUGACGGUGGUUCUAUCCUCGUACUCAACCCAACCGACUACACUUCGAUCAGAUUGUACAAGGGUAACACCAACUACACCAUGGUUGGAAAUGAUUUCUUCCCAGACCUCCCAUACGGUGGGUACAGUCUCGAAGUCAUUUCUGGCACAUGUGGAAACCAAACCAUCCCAGUAUCAAUCGUCCAAGACAUUCCAUCCAUCAAAGUAACUGCCAACGAAAAGAUGGAGUGUCCAGACAACCUUAAUUACACCGUCUCCUUUAGAAACUACAAUGUCACUGAUCCAGAAUUCAGUUUCGGUCAAGAUAGAUUCUCUGGUGAAAUUGCCGUAAACUAUGAUCAAUGUGAAGCUUCUUAUAGUUUUGAUUAUCAUUAUUAUCCAUUCCCAUAUGAACAUUCAAUUGAUUAUGAAUCAAUUUGUUCAAAUAGUUUUAAUGAAUCACUGUUGGUUACAUUUAGUGGUUAUUAUGAAUCAUUGAUGGUACAGAAUCCAAAUUACCAGAGUAUGGAUAUUUUGAAUAAUAAUACAUUCUGGGCCAACAUUGGUGAUCAAUAUCGUGCCUCUAUUCAAUCGUGUAAUAGACAAGAGUAUGGUAUCCAAGUGAACCUCCCCAAACCAGUUUUGGUAGAGUAUCCAGAGCCAGAGGAGAGCAAACUUUCAUGUCUUUACAAUACCACAUUUAGAAUGACCGAAUACACUUUAUUGAUCAAGGCAGAGAAUGGUGUUUUCAAGAAUAUCCCACGUCUACCAUACACACUCUCCUACGAUUAUCUCAAUCCAACCAAUGGAAGCAAGUGUUUGUCUGGUUCAAUUAGUAUUAAUUUGGAACAAACUGCUCUUGCCAAAGAAGAGUAUACUGUCAAACCUCUAAACUAUUCAGGUACCUGUGUACCAGAGAAUAGCAUUGAACUCGAAUUCACCUUUCCCAAUGGAUACUCGGUCACUACUGCCAACCAGUACAAUGACAACGUCCUCUUUUGGGUGCAAGCCUAUCCAUACUGUAUCGACUUUUUGAUGUUUGAUUCGGCCAAGUAUCCAAACACCACCCUUCCAGCCAACAUUGAUAUUCAAGCCGUCGACGCACAAUGCCAAUACGAUCCCAGAGUCGGAAUUACCGUCUCCUAUCCAGGCAGUCAAGAAACAGUCCAAGGAGUGUAUAUUAACGGUGUCCGUCAACAAUACACACAAUCUUUCUACAACGUUGCACCUGGAACAUACGAUGUGUCGGUCGUUACCAGUUUCUACAGAACCACCGAUAUUUAUUGUAGCAAAAAUGCAACUGUCACUGUUCGUAACUUAGACACUUCUGGAUUUGCUGUCAACUGCGUUGCCGUCCCUGUCACCUCUUGUUUGACUGGUGGCUCCAUUGUAUGUGAUACCCAGAAUGGAACAGUUUCAUAUUUGACGACCAGUACCUCUCCCUCUAUUGAUGGUCCAAAUGCAGUCUUUGCCGACCUUCCUUCAGGCUACUACAAUGUCCUCAUCACCAAUCCAGCAUGUCCAGCAUAUGGAAGUUCAGGUGAUUUUGGAGGUAUCAUGCGUGUCCUUGUCCCAACCGACCCAACCAACUAUACCAUCACACACACCAUCAGACGUCCAAGCACGUGUCCAGCCGGAGAUGCCUUUGUCUCGUUUGACAUUUUUGACAAUGCCUUGCAAGAACCAAUUACCAUCGAGAAUGUCAUGUAUAAUGAACGUUCAGUGAAUGGUGACUAUGUCUCUUUUGUAAGAGGAGGAAAUAAUGUUGAAUUUGGUCUAAGAAGUUCAUAUUGCAAUUUCUCUUACAUUGUCCCCAAGGUCGAAGAAUUGCCAGUCUCAUCACUGUUUGAUUUCACUUUGUCCCCAGAAACCUGUGCUGCACCAAGUAGUGUAAAGGUUAUUCCCAAGUCAGUUACCAAUUUUGUAGACCAAGUAUAUGACUGUAACUCGGGCGAUAUUACUGUCAAACUUGCCUGGAACAGUAAUUGUUAUGCCGAGUUCCCAAUCACCGUCCCACAACCAUUGACCGCCAUCAAACCACAAUUCACCUACACACCACCCGCCACAUGCGGAACACUCGAGGGUUACCUGACCAUCACCAACAUCGACCAAUACAGAACCAUUGGUUUCUACGAUGCCACCGCCGACCCAGUCACUGGCAUCAUGUACGCAUUGCAAUCCGACGAUACAAGAGAGCUUGACUAUGUCGACAUUAACGGAUGCAGCGCCCAAUACGAGUUGAGUGUCAAGGAUUUCUACCCUGAAACCAAUCUCACCACAGCCGGUAUUAUCAUCCAACCAGAGUCAUGCACUGGUGGUUGGGAUGGUUCAGUCACAGUGCCCACUGGAAACGGAAAGAAAUACCAACUUUUAAUUCAAUCAUUGAUGAUCAGUGGUGAGCCAACUCUUUCUCUUUCAGCUCCAGAAUGUUCAGACUCGUUGUACAAUGUUUUGGUCGGAUCAGAUUUUGCCGGCAACUCAUCUACCGCCUUUGGCAAUUUCACAUUGUCUCUUGUAAACACAACCGGUUCCUAUGAAUACAAUGCCAACAAUCAACCAAUCCCAUUCAACCAAGAUGAAACCUACUUUGUCACUGUCAACAAUGCCAAUCAAAAGUGUCGUCGUAUUUUCAAUGCCACUAUUGUCAAACAAGAGGAUACCGUCACUGCCAACAUUACCCGUACCAUCCAACCAGACCUAGUCACCUAUAGUCCACCAGCCGAAUGUAUCGAUGAUGGCGGAGACAGCAAAAAGAAUCUUGCUUGGAUUGCAGCUGUAGUCAUUGGAGCUCUCUUGGUCGCUUUAGGUGUUGGUUUCCUUGUCUAUAGAUUAAAAAGAAGACCAGCGACAACCUCUAUCGAUAUGCCAAAAGACGAUAAAAUUGAAAUGAAGACAGUACCAGUCUACACUGCUGGAAAGAUUCAAAAUAUUGAUGAAUUCUAA